GGCAGUGCGCCCGCGGGGAGGGUCGGUGGCGCAGCCCGUCCCCGCAGCCGCCCGCGCACACAGCCAGCCAGCAGCUCGCCAGCGGGACGCGGCGCCCGGAGCCCCGGCAGCGCCCUCCCGCCCGCUCCGCCCGCGACUUCAGUUCGGCUCCACCCCCGCGUGGCGGCGGCGGCGGCUCCGUCCGAACCGCGCUCGGCUCCAGCCCCGCCUGGGCGAGCGGCCGCCACCUGCCCGGCGCCGCCUCCGCCCGCCCCGCCGCUGCCCAACUUGGAUGGAGUUGGGGUCCUGAGCGCCCGCCUCCCCAGCCGGCCCGCGUGGAGCCCGCGUGGAGCCCGCCGCCACCUCCGCUCCGGGACCCGCGCCGCCGCGCUCCGCUCCGCGAUGGGAAAAGUUGGCGCCGGCGGCUGCUCGGCCGGGCUGAGCGCGCUCCUCGCGGGCGCGGGGCUCUUGGUCUUCUGCGCCCCGGGCGCCUGCGGCGGCGCCGCCUGCUGCCCCCAGCUGCCCCCCGGCUCCGGCCCGCGCUGGGUGCCGACCCCAGGGGGCUCCCGUCACCAGGGCCCGCGCGGCCGGGCUCCUGCCACGCCCCCGCCCCUCCUGGGGCGCCCCCUCUUCGCCGUGGCCCCCGGAGACCGAGCGCUGUCCCUGGAGCGGCUCCGGGACCCCGGGACGCCCGGGGCGGUCGCUCCCCGCUCCGGCCGGAGGAGACGGAGCGGAGCGGAGCGGGAGAAGGCGGACCCAGGAGAGGGCUGGGGGAGAAGCCCCCGAGGAGUUCUGCGGGACGGAGGGCAGCCGGAGCCCGGGACUCCGGAGCGGGACCCGGACAAAGCCACCCGCUUCCGGAUGGAGGAGCUGAGACUGACCAGCACCACGUUCGCCCUGACCGGCGACUCGGCGCACAACCAGGCGAUGGUCCACUGGUCUGGCCACAACAGCAGCGUGAUUCUCAUUUUGACAAAGCUCUACGACUAUAACCUGGGGAGCAUCACUGAGAGCUCGCUUUGGAGGUCAACCGAUUAUGGGACAACCUAUGAGAAGCUGAAUGAUAAAGUUGGGUUGAAAACAAUUUUAAGUUAUCUCUACGUGUGUCCUACCAACAAGCGUAAGAUUAUGUUACUCACGGACCCGGAGAUUGAGAGCAGUUUACUGAUCAGCUCAGAUGAAGGAGCAACCUAUCAAAAGUAUCGGCUGAGCUUCUACAUCCAGAGCUUGCUCUUCCACCCCAAGCAGGAGGACUGGAUUCUGGCGUACAGCCAAGACCAGAAGUUAUACAGCUCCGCCGAGUUUGGGAGAAGGUGGCAGCUUAUCCAGGAAGGGGUUGUACCCAACAGGUUCUACUGGUCUGUGAUGGGCUCAAACAAGGAACCAGAUCUUGUGCAUCUCGAGGCAAGAACUGUGGAUGGUCAUUCGCAAUACCUGACUUGCCGCAUGCAGAACUGCACCGAGGCCAACAGAAAUAGACCUUUCCCGGGCUACAUUGACCCGGACUCCUUGAUUGUGCAGGAUGAUUACGUGUUUGUUCAGCUGACGUCGGGAGGACGGCCGCAUUACUACGUGUCCUACCGAAGGAAUGCGUUUGCCCAGAUGAAGCUGCCCAAGUACGCUCUGCCCAAGGACAUGCACGUCAUCAGCACAGAUGAGAAUCAAGUGUUUGCAGCGGUCCAAGAAUGGAACCAAAACGACACCUACAACCUCUACAUCUCAGACACCAGGGGUGUCUAUUUCACCUUGGCCUUGGAGAAUGUCCAGAGCAGCAGAGGCCCUGAGGGCAAUGUCAUGAUCGACCUCUAUGAGGUAGCAGGGAUAAAGGGGAUGUUCUUGGCUAACAAGAAGAUUGACAACCAAGUGAAGACGUUCAUCACCUAUAACAAAGGCAGAGACUGGCAUUUGCUGCAGGCGCCGGACACGGAUUUAAGGGGGGACCCUGUGCACUGCUUACUGCCUUACUGCUCACUACACCUUCACCUUAAGGUCUCUGAGAAUCCCUACACAUCAGGGAUCAUUGCCAGCCGAGAGACAGCUCCCAGCAUCAUAGUGGCUUCAGGUAACAUAGGUUCUGAAUUGUCAGACAGCGACAUCAGCAUGUUUGUCUCUUCAGAUGCAGGGAACACGUGGAGGCAGAUCUUUGAAGAAGAGCACAGUGUCCUGUAUCUGGAUCAAGGUGGAGUCUUAGUUGCUAUGAAGCACACGUCUCUUCCAAUUCGACAUCUCUGGUUGAGUUUUGAUGAAGGGAGAUCUUGGAGCAAAUACAGUUUCACAUCUAUUCCCCUUUUUGUGGAUGGGGUUCUGGGUGAGCCUGGGGAAGAGACUCUAAUCAUGACAGUGUUUGGACACUUCAGCCACCGCUCUGAAUGGCAGCUGGUCAAAGUGGACUACAAGUCCAUUUUUGAUAGAAGGUGUGCCGAGGAGGACUACAGACCUUGGCAGCUGCACAGCCAGGGGGAAGCAUGCAUCAUGGGAGCCAAAAGGAUAUAUAAGAAGCGGAAGUCAGAGCGGAAAUGUAUGCAAGGAAAGUAUGCAGGAGCCAUGGAGUCUGAACCCUGUGUCUGCACAGAGGCCGAUUUCGACUGUGACUAUGGCUAUGAGCGACACAGCAAUGGUCAGUGCCUGCCAGCGUUUUGGUUCAAUCCAUCUUCUCUGUCCAAGGAUUGCAGCCUGGGACAGAGUUAUCUCAACAGUACUGGGUAUAGGAAGGUGGUUUCCAAUAACUGCACGGAUGGCGUGAGAGAACAGUACACGGCCAAACCACAGAAGUGUCCAGGGAAGGCCCCACGGGGUCUCCGGAUCGUCACGGCGGAUGGAAAGUUGACAGCCGAGCAAGGGCACAAUGUUACUCUCAUGGUGCAAUUGGAAGAGGGCGACGUUCAGAGGACGUUCAUCCAAGUGGACUUCGGUGAUGGCAUCGCAGUGUCGUAUGUCAACCUCAGCUCCAUGGAAGACGGGAUCAAACACGUUUAUCACAAUGUGGGAAUUUUCCGAGUGACCGUGCGGGUGGACAACAGUCUCGGGUCUGACAGCGCCGUCCUGUACUUACAUGUAACUUGUCCCCUGGAGCAUGUGCACCUGGCCCUGCCCUUUGUCACCACGAAGAACAAAGAGGUCAAUGCAACCGCCGUGCUGUGGCCCAGCCAAGUGGGCACCCUCACCUACGUGUGGUGGUACGGGAACAACACGGAGCCCUUGAUCACCUUGGAAGGCAGCAUAUCAUUCAAGUUUACCUCCGAAGGGAUGAACACCAUCACAGUGCAGGUCUCAGCUGGGAAUGCCAUUCUGCAAGACACCAAGACCAUUGCAGUGUAUGAGGAAUUUCGAUCUCUUCGCUUGUCCUUUUCUCCAAACCUGGACGACUACAACCCGGACAUCCCUGAGUGGAGGAGGGACAUAAGCAGAGUCAUCAAAAAGUCCCUGGUGGAAGCCACUGGGGUUCCGAGCCCCCACAUCCUGGUGGCAGUGCUCCCUGGUUUACCCACGGCUGCUGAGCUCUUUGUCCUGCCAUAUCAGGAUCCAACAGGAGAGAACAAAAGGUCAGCAGAGGAUCUGGAGCAGAUAUCGGAGCUACUGAUCCACAAGCUCAACCAGAACUCGGUGCACUUCGAGCUGAAACCCGGGAUCCAAGUCCUCGUCCACGCAGCACACUUAACAGCAGCCCCACUGAUCGACCUCACCCCGACCCACAGUGGAUCCGCCAUGCUGAUGCUGCUCUCCGUGGUGUUCGUGGGGCUGGCCGUGUUCGUCAUCUACAAGUUUAAAAGGAGAGUAGCUUUACCCUCCCCUCCCUCCCCUCCUGCUCAACCUGGUGACUCAUCUCUCCGAUUGCAAAGAGCAAGACACGCCACUCCACCUUCAACGCCAAAGCGGGGAUCUGCUGGGGCACACUUUGCAAUUUAAGGAAAACCCCCAGAGGCUCCAGGCGACCUGCUUGCCACCCAUCAGGAAAGAAUUUCGCUCUUGUCAAGUGCAUCACCCUUCAUGACCACUAACUCUGUGUUUUCUUUCUUUCCUCUGUUGUUCUGUUUCCUAUUUUGCCAGGAAGUAUUUCCAUAGUUGCUGAGAAUCAAAGCACAAACGAAAUCCCUACCUAUGUAAAUGUUUGAAUGGAGGACGCCAGUAAAAACAAACAAAAACAAACAAACCAAACAAAUAAAGUAAAAACAAUCAAAAUCCAAACAAACAAACACUCACUGCAUCGGGACUUUUUAAUUCUCCAGACACAGACGACAAGGGUUGUUAGCUUUAAGCCUGUGCAUGUGGACGGUACCUUGAGAACACGCUCGGAGGGGCAGUGGACAGGUGCUCUUUUCAUGGAAAAACACUCCCCUCCCCCUCUCUUCUUCUCUCUCUUUUUCUGAUCCGUCGUGUUUGUAGAAAAUUCCUAACAUAUACAGGCCAAGGAAAUCUGCAUGCAUUUUUGGAACUCUUCUUGGCUCUAGAUUUCACAGCUAUUUCAGCUCUACCGGCUGAUGGGUGGGUUAGCCACCCCAGCCCCUUUUCACAAGACACCAGGACAUGCACAGAAGUUCGAAACCCUGAGCUAUUUCUCUGUUCCAUCUUCCUUAUUGCCAUGUCCACUUCCAAGUUAUCUGUGUUGGCCAGCAGUGGCCACAGGCUGCUUUCUGCAUCCUGUGUGGCCAUGGGGAUGAAGCUCUGAGUUGAAGUUCCCUGUAUGCAGGCAGAGUAGGGAAGGGCACCAGGCAAGGGCAAGCAUGUCAGAAGUGGACCUGUGUUUCCUGUUCAGCCUUUCCGGUUAUGACUGCUUCCCUUACAGCUUUCUUUACUCCUCCUCCAGUUUAUAGGGAAAACAGAAUCUUAGUUACCCAUGGACCUGCCUUCUCAUUUGUAUGCUGUCCCUGUGGUCAUGAUCUGUAGAUGUCUUUAUAUCUGUCCCUUCCAGUCCCCAAGUUACCCUUCACCUGUUCCUGCCUUUUCUUCCCAAACAUGUUGCUAGAUUCUGGACCUUAACCCUGACAUUCCCUAAAUAAUGGUCUAGCCUCUGCCACCCCUACCUCCACCGCCCACAAGUUCCUCGUCACUGUCAAUUUUGGACACUCCCAAGCAUGCCAGCUUUCGUACUCACUGACCAACUGCAUCCUGCCUUGCAGGGUUCAGCUUCAUGCACCCUCUGUCUCCUCCUCUUCCAAAUACCCUUGUCCUCUCCCACCUGGACACAUACCAUGUGUGUGAAAGAGUUGGUAUGUCUGCAAAGCAGUUCAAAUCUGGCCAGGUGCAUUGGCAAAGAAAGCAUUCCAAUGAAUGGUGGUAUCCUCACACCCUCACAAAACUCUCGUGCAGGCAGGUUUUAGAAGAUUCUUGUGAGAAAUGUUUUGAACAUGUUACUGUAUGGCAGGGCAAUUUCCUUCUGUGAUGAUUGCUGUACCAGUAUUUCUUGUCUCCCAGUAGAGUAAAAAUAUUUGUAAAAUAAAACCGUUUCAGCAGAAGAAGCAGGUUAAUGGGUUCAAUGUUCAAGGUCUGAAAAUAUAUAGAGGUCUUGUCUUACAUAAGGAUGAGAUUUUGAUUGUAUAGGAUGAUCCCAGCCGUUUCACUUACGUGCUCCCAGAUCUCUGAGUAUCAUAGGAUUGGCAAAGGCAGCAUUAAUAGCAUAAAGGGGAGGGGUUAGCCCACUAACUUAAGCGAUUGGCUCAAAGCAUGAAGAAAUUCCAGUUUUCCCCGGGCAAUCAGGAGAGAAGGCCCCGAGAAAGGAGGAAACGAGAGUAUGUCCAGCAGAAGCCCUUGGAAUAUUCUGGGUUCGGCAAAGCCCACUAAAAUUCAGGAGAAAACAGUUUUGAAAAAACUACUCAGAGCGCGGCCUCCUUCUUGGUCAACAAUAGGGUAUAACAGGGCCCUGGGUGUCCGAAAGAUCCUGAGGGCCCCGGCCCUUCGGUAGCCCAGGCAGAGGAAGACCAGCAAAGCUGAUGUUAGAGGUUAAUCAAGCAGAAAUUUUUAUGGUUGAAGAUGCCCUCUAUGGAUUUGGGAAACGGAUUGUGCCUGAGGCGGCCAUCUAUUUGUAGAAAUCAAUUGCUCCCUGACCUGCCAGGCUUCCUAUCCCAUAGGAAACAUCCUUAUUGAUCCUCUUCAGUUAGACCCUCCCAAAUUUAAUCUGGAAGACCAAGUGUUUGGGAACCAAAAGAGGCUGAGGGAGUCCUCAGAGUUGCAGUUCUGUUCAUUUUAAUUGGAAAAUGAUGAAAAAGGGACCAACACUCAAACUAGCACAGUGCCUUGCCUAGAGUAUCUAUAAAGAUGGUUAUUUGUUGAAGGAAUAAAUGAAUGAUGGAUGACAUGAGAAGACAUAGGGAAGAAUGGGCUUGUAAGUCCUAACGAAGAGCAGAGGUGGACAUGAGAUGCUUGGCAUUCUGGGAAGUGACCAGAGAUGGCCAGCUCUAGAUGCAGCAUCUCCCAGGUCCUCAUAUGCCUCUCCUACCUGUAGGAGAUUCAAGAGGCAAGGUACUGCUCAGUAGGAAUCUCAUUGUUCUUAAGAUCUAGCUCCGUGUUUCUCAAAGUGUGGUACUGGACUAGCAGUAUCAGCAUCACCUUGGACCUGUUAGAAUGACAGUUUAGGGUCCCCACCCCAUCUCUACUGAAUCAGAAACUCCAGGGAUGGAGCCAAUCAAUCUGUGUUUACAAGCCCCUCAGGCAAUUGGGAAGUACACUGAAGUUUGAGAACCACUGUUCUAGGCCAUUCCAGCUCAGUCCCCGAAGAGAACUUAGUAAUAACAGUCUAUAGUUGGGAGGGACCCAAGUGCCUACCUACUCGCUAACAGCAGGUACAAACACAAGGCAGAGUGUGGUGGGCUUGAGGCCAGAAGAGUGGGUGGGGAAGGAUAGAUGUAGAGGGUAAGAUUCAGGGCAAGAUAAAAAUCUGACAUCGCAAUGUUUUCCAAAUCUCAGAAGGCAAGCUGUGCAUGCUCUACCCUGAACUACCCAGCCCACAUUUUCUCCCUUGCCUUAUUCCUAAUUGGGUUCCCUGUCCAAAAUGCAAAGGUUUGCUUUGCUUUUUUUUCUUCAAAAGUUCAAAACAGCAACUUUGAGAGCAAUGGGGUGCUUGGCAGCUGUUCUGUGUUUUUCCAGGAUUCCAACUGAGCAUUGAAAUCCCUCAUUUGCCAACUUAUUUUUAUAGGAAGCCAAUUUAAAAAAGAAAUAAAGUUUUCUUAUAGUAUUGGAACUACUUCUAAUUUUCAAAUGACUUUUUUGAUGUAUUUUUUUGUUAAAUACUAUGUAGUGUAAUGUAUAAUUGCUCUUGUUUAUUGCUUUUACAAUCAUAUUUAUUAAACAGAUAAUGUCUCUAAA